AUGGGGGCAGUUGCCCCCGUUGCCCCCAUUGUUCCGACGUCCAUCGUUUCUGGUACAUCAGGUCACAACAAACCGUCAGAAAUCGAUCGGGCUUUUUGGCGGUACCAUUUUCGGAACAAAGGUCUGAACAGACGACAGCGUAUUCAAAACGCCGUCGAGGAAUUAGUCUAUGGAGAGCCACUUAGACUCCCUGGUGAAUUCCUAACGUCAAAAGAUAAUGCUGCCAAGUUUGACGACGCAGCUGAGUUUAUCAAAGAUCUUCGACAUCACAUUCAGCAGAUCCGACCUGUCAAUGGUACACGACGUGGCGAGAAGAAAAACUUUGUUUUCAAGGACCUUGCAACCACAGAGUACGUAUUCAUUCGACAUGACGGACCCAAAAAUGGAAUACAAAUGCCCUAUGAUGGUCCCUAUAGAGUCAUAAGUCGAAAUAAAAAAACUUUUGUCAUUGAUAUAAAGAAGAAAAAAGUUAGAGUAACUAUUGAUAGACUGAAACCGGUCUACAUCAUAGUAGACGACCAUUCUAAGGAAGAUAUUUCGAGAGAAAUUCAGACAUCUACACUGAAUACCAUUAAAAAGGAGGAUCAAAGGACACGUUCUGGAAGAAAAGUUCGUUUUCCAGACCGUCUCCAAGUAGGUUCUGCUUGA